CCAAUGGGAGCUCAGCAGGCAGGCCCGAUAGGGCGAGUGAAGAGCCAGCAGGCGACCGUUGCCAUUUUGCCUAAAAAUAAAUCUGCAGUAUACGAAAAAACGCACCUGCAGCUAAUGCGUUGCCAUUCAUGCGAGUGCUGCCUGUGUUUCGUAUUGUUUUGCCGAAAACCUUUCCACCGUUCGAUACCGAGGGAGAGCCUGAACUCGUAAACGUCACGGGAUCCUCGCACGGAGCUUUCCGUCAAAUCGGGAACCCUAGUUUCUCGCCUCCGGCGAACGUAGGGCCGUCGGUCUCUCUAAAGGGAGCGUUACGUCCUGCGCUCCGUAUUCAAGCACAUCGGAGACGUCAAUCACUGUUCAUUGGUCCUCGUCCGCGUCGAGGUAGCAACAGCCCUGUACAUGCCCGUGUCGAAAGGCGGAGCCAAUGUCGGCAAGCGCUCGCUGCCCCGCCUGGCGGAGCUCUCCGAGUUCCCCCCGUUGGGCGAGGGCGAGGGGAGCGCGCCGUGUGAGCCGAUGUUCGACGAGGAAGGCAUCAUCGAGUUCGUGCGCGAGUUGUACGGCUUCGUCCGCUUCAAGCGGUACCCGAGCGAGAGCGCCUGCUUCCACAGGGACGACGAGGCCAGGUACCUGGGUCGACGCGUGGAGCACGCGACGGACGUGUUCAAGGUUGGGGACGUGGCGCGCUUCGACGCCCUGCCCAACCAGCGCGCCCAGGGCGUGGCCAAGUGGCGCGUCACCGCCUUCCACUACGUCCAAGGGGUGCCCGGUUGGGCCUCGCCGAAGCCGUGCAGAGACUGGGUCAGCCACGAAGACGACAAAUCGCGCGAACUGACUGGUUUGCAAGGCGUCGUGGAUCGCGUCAAGUCAGAGUACGGCUUCAUCCGGAUGGGACCCCACUCGGCGCCGUCGGCCUUCUUCCGCGUCAGCGUCCUGGAACAGUCCCUGGAGAAGGCCGUCGAGGACGUCAGCGAGGUGCUCGCCGUCGGCGACCUGGUCCGCUUCGACGCCGAGCUCAACCUCAAGGACAACACGACGGCCAAGUGGUGGGUCACGUACGUCCGGCCCGUCUCGGCUUCGAACCCGGCUGCGACUUCGCCUCGGCAGAAGGAACUCGGCAAACUGUCCGCCAGAGACGGCCCUAAAGGGACCGGCGGGGGGCCUCGCAAGGCGUCCGUCGUCGGCGACAGCGGCGACUCCGGCGACUCGUCCGACGUCGACCAGAACUCGUGGCCGCCGCUGAAAGGGAGCGAGAAGAAGGUACUUCCCUGGAGCUACGCCCGGUGCGCGGCCAGAGCCGUGACCUCGGAAGGCGUCAUCGCGCCAAACACUUCUGCACCGACGAAGGCGCCUCCAGCUCCGCCAUUAAUGUCCCCCGUUUCCAAGACGACGCCCUCCCUGGCCAGGCCGUCUGUUCUCGUGUACCGCGGCGUCCGAGGAAUCGUGAAUUGUGUUGGCGGUGGCGCUGCGAUCGAAUGCGAAGUCAGGGAGCCCACCGGUGCGAGGCGGGUCAAACUGGGAGACGACUGCCCGUUUUACCGUAACGGAUCGCGGGUGGACGGUGGCGGAGUCGCCAAGGCCCUCAGCAAAGGUGACCAGCUGACCCUCGACUACAUCGUGUCCGCGGACGUCGCGUCCCCGAAGAAUGCGGACGUCCACUGUUACCUAGCAUGGCAAGGAGAGAGGCCGAUCGAUGUGCCUCACUUGAGCGUGGAGCUGCUGAGGAGUCUGUUGAAGACUGACUGCGACCAGAAGGGUGAGAAAGCUGCCGACACUGACCUCCAAGGGGACCGCACGAAAGCGAAGAAAACAAAAGGUCGUCGUGGGUCAAGCGAGAGCAGUUCCGAGAGCUCGGAUGAGGAUGGCUCGGGCCUUGUUGGUACAGUACGUGCUCCGAAGACGACAGACACCCUCGUUCUCUCGGAAGAUGCUUUGACCAACAUGGCGGAAAUUGUCGCGAAGAAGCUGUACGUGCUGCUGGAGGCCUACUAUAGUGAGAAGCAGCGGGAAGAGAAGCAAAAGCAAGAACAGCUAGAGAAGCAACAGCAACUGCAACAGCAACAGCCACAGCAACAGCCACAGCAGCAGCCACAGCAGCAGCCACAGCAGCAGCCACAGCAGCAGCCACAGCCACAGCAACAGCCACAGCAGCAGCCACAGCAGCAGCCACAGCCACAGCAACAGCCACAGCAACAGCCACAGCAACAGCAACAGCCACAGCAACAGCCACAGCAAAAGCGACAGCAGCGGCAAAAACAGCACAGGAAGAACCCCGGUAGCCCGCCUGGUAGUCCUGCGCCCGUAGACAUUUCCACGCCCGAGACCCUCUCCAUCUGGAGCCUUGAUUCCGAUGAAGCGCAGGUGACACGCCUCUGAAAGGCUCAUGCUACUCGGCGAAGUCGAGUCGAUGGCGCAACGAAAAUCAGGCAUCCAUCACAUUGUAAGACGCAGGUGGGCCAGUGCCAUCGUGCACAAGCUGUCUGUAACGCGAGCGUUAAAAUGCGCGCCGCUUUUUUUUUUUGGCAGGUCGCAGGAAGCGUUUCUUGGGUGUAACGUAUUCCGGCUGCCAAGAACAAAGAUGGAAGCACUUAGGUCGAACGGGACUCCGUAGUGCGAUGACUUAGGUUAAACGAAGGUGCUGGUUUGAGCCAUGUGUUGCUCUGUACACUUGCUCCUCAAAGAGUUCAAUUUGUUUAUUUUUCUUUCGCUUUUUUUUUAAACGAUGGCUAGGACAGGGUGUUGGGAACGGCACAGACCUCAUAUGCUGUGUUAGGCUGCAGUUUCUCGUGUUACUUUAUAAAGCGGUAGGUUUGUUGAAGUUCGAUCAAUGAAUGAAGUUUGUAGCUGACGUUUUUCUCCACCAUCUAGUCAUCGUUUCAUGGUACUUGGAUUUGUUUCUUUUUUUCGAAGUUUCUGUACUGGCAGUUUGCAGUACUAACUCGGCAAGGAGUAAUCAUUGUCUCUUAGUAAUUGCGCUCGUGUUAAACAAUAUACUACUAUGUUACGUACAGCAAACAUGAUAUGUACUUCCUAAACUACGCGAACCGGCUGGUAGUUCGUGGACAAAGAGCCAUGCAGCAAGUCGGUUACACUUACUAUACGCGUGCUAUUGUGCUCUGUAUCGAACUCACGAAGCAAAUCACACACCGACCGAAAUUUACGCGAAUCCAUGUUUAACAUUCCUGCGUAUGCAUCUGCACAUUUACCGCGCAAAUUGUGUACACGCUGAACGAGUUUAUUAAUAAACAGAUGCUG